UUGAUCCAUUCCAAGGGAUCCAUAGUAGUCAUCCUAGACAUGUCCGUAGUGAUGUGAUGAGUAGCCCUCGUCUUAGGAAUCCACUUAGCGAGCGUAGUGGGUGCGGUUCGAGGCAAAUUGGCUAUGUAUGCUAUGGGUUGUUGCUACGGGCCAAACCUCGGAGGGUAGUUUAG